GAACCGCGGUCCUUGCAUCCGGGAGCUUUGCUGCACGCUGUCGGGAAGCAUGGAGGUCCACACCGAGCUCGUGGCCGGAGCGAGCUCUUCGCCAUCCACUCAAGGUUGCUCGAGGGUCUCAGUGUCCAAAGAGCUGUUGACGGCGGGGAGCGAAGGCGGAGGAGGUAUAUUGAACAGGCUACUCAUCAACUCAAAGCCUGACCCCAGAAAGACCUCUAUUCUUAAGACAGUUCGUAUAGAGAGAAGUCCAUUAUUAGACCAAGUACAGACCUUUCUCCCACAGAUGGCCCAGGCAAAUGAAAAGUUACAGAAAGAAAUGGCAGUUGCUCCACCUGGCCGUUUCAACAUUGAAAAUAUUGAUGGGACUCUUGAAAAUGUUAUACAAAUGGAUGUGGCGUUAUUUGAGAUGAAUCAAUCAGAUUCAAAAGAAGAGGAUAGUUCAGAAGAGAGUUCAGAGGACACUUCUGAGGACAGUUCGGAGUCCGAGGAUGAAGAGAACAGCGCCCCCUGUGAAGUCACCAUAGAUACCAUUAAGCUUCCUAAUUCAGGAGGUGGAAUAGGCAGGAUUGAAGUUUUGGACAGUCUGGCAAGUGAUGAAAAGAAAGAAAUUAUUUGAAAAUCAGGUGCUUGUUCUACGAAAAAAGCAGCGAUUCACUGGCUGUUUGGUGUGCCUGUGGGCUUCUGUGUUCAAGAAAACUUUAAACAAAUUGAGUUUAAUAGAGUAUAUUUGAGCAAAGAUGAACUCAUGGAUCUGGCAGCACCCUUAAUGGAAAGGAGUUCAGGGAGCUUUACUGCAUUGAGGACAGCGUGCCCUUCUAGCCAAAAAGGAAAUAAAAGUAUUGGUAAUGGCCAGACCCUUGCUUUAUUUGGACAUGGUGGAUGAGUUGUCAGUUACUGCCGUAGUUCAGCUAUACGUGUUGGGCUGAAACCCAGCUAUUUGUUAUAAAAAUUCACUCUUAAUUUAGGUUUCAGGUUUGUUUUUAUAUUGAGGUGGGUUGCAGGGUUUUUUACAUAGGAACCAAAAGUACUGGAGACAACUUCAGGAUAAUAGCCUUUUACUUAUUUAACUUAACAUGUAAUAUUGAUAUGUUUUAUUUCUCAGAGAAACUAGAGGCAGUGUGGUAUGGGCCUCCUCUUCCUUCCUCUCUUCUUCCCUUUACUCUUACCCCUCUUCUUUUUUCUUUCU